AGAAUCAACUCAGGGUCCAGUUUUUAUCUCGCUUUCGUUAUAGAUAAAUAUAUACCCAUACUUAGACUUGGGUGUGGAGCUGGUCAUCAUCUGUGCUAUUGUCACCAUGACCCUCUUUUAUUUACACUUCCUAUUGCAUGUUUGAUGAAUUCUAUGUCAACAUGAAGCCACAUUUUGGAUUAGUCGACUCGGAUCCCCUCCACCAUAAGCUUGAAGGCAUCUACAGUAUAGCUCCAUGCAAAAACUAUACAAGAAGCAUCCUACAGCAGAUGCGUUUGAAUGUCGAGUUGGAUGAUUUUGGCAGUUUGUAGUUGAAAAUAGUGGGAUACAAUACCUUUAGAAUUGAGACGAGACUAAAGAAAAUGAACCCCUUUAGCAGAAGAAUUGAAAGCAGGCAAAGACAAUUUUGACGUCCACUUCAAAGUUCUCUGGCAAAAUCAACGUGGGCACAACAAAAUAGAACUUUCUAUCCCCUUUUCUGAGAAAAGAACUAUUGGCAAAAUACAUAAAUGAGACACCGAUUGGUACCUGCGAUCAUGUUUUACUAUGCAUUGCAUCCAAGGCUGUCGGCUUGUGCUUCAUUAGGCGGCCCCCGUGCAUAUUCUCAAUAUAACAAGAUUCUCAGUGUUGCAGCCGACAACCUAUGCAUGCUGUUAAGUUGAUUCAUUCAAACAGCACUCCCGAUGAUGGAAUAUUCAAUGGAAGUACGUCUACCAACUCUCAGAUCAUCGCUGUAAUUGGAGUCUGCUAGUUAAUUUUCGAGAAGUAGUUCUGACAAAUGGAAGAAGACAAGUCUAAAACAGUCCUGAAUUACACGCUAUUCUGAUCUCUUGAGCAGAGUCUAAUGUUACUAAACAAGUGGGCUAGAAAAAAUUUCCACUGUAAGCAUCGAGAAAACUUGUCUUAGAUGCCUCAUCGAAGAACCCAUCCAUCCUCGUUUGUCUGAUCUGUAGCCAAACAACUGUACGCGCAUUUCAUUGAUAUUUCUGCUGAAUCUUUAAUCUGAUAUGUAAUAUACUUAGAUCUAUAUGAAUAAAAGGGUAUUCAAUCGGUUUGUCAUAUCUUGGAAAGGAUCAGCUAGAAUAAAGGUUUCUCCAGAGAACAUGCCUGAAAUAUUUGCUGGAAUUCAGGUUGCUUUGUCUAUUACUUGCACACAAUAUGUAUAUACCUCCAAGCACAUAAGUUGAAGCAUCAACUGACAAAAGUUAUGAUUCUGUUGCCGGAUAACGACAGAAUUCCAUCAACAUCAUUAGGUACCGUAUAUUCUAAUUAUGUUGCUGAUCACGAGUACCUUAAUUUGUAUUUUAAGGAUAAUCAGUUAUUUAAUAUAACUGCUGAAAUAUGUUCGACUUACAGAGUCAUGUGAACAGAUACCAGUUGGUCAGUAAGAUAUACGUGUGUGCAUGAAAAGCACUGUUUGAUGUAUCAGCACAUAAAAACUUGCUCACAUUUUUCUAAUUAGAUUGUUACAUAAGAUGUAGAAUUCAAUGGCACAUUCCAACUUCUUUUGUUCUUUUCUGAACAGGUAUACUAAUUGACACAGAAGAAAGAAUCUAGAAGUUGAAUAAGAUUAAAUUUGUGCAUGUUGGACAAAGUCUAUUUUGGGACGGUUGGAUGCUCAAAAAUUCUUCCUUGCUGUAAUUUGUCGACUGCAUAUGUCAUUUCUUGACCUCUCCGAACUGCCCAAAAAUACAAAUACUCUCUUCAUAGUGUUCAAACAAUGUAGUCUCACAGAUUCUUGACCCUUGAACACUGAUUUAUAAACAGGAAAGAUACCUUAUAGUUAUCAUUCUUGUCAACUUUUACGUUAAAAAAGCUAGAUUUGAUUCCAUCUCUCUUGUAAUGAACUUGGCUGUAUCCUUACAUGAAAAUCUUCUUCCCUCCUAGUUUUAUUCCCACUCUGUUCCUUUCUGUUGAAAGCAAUUUCUACAUCUUUUUGUUUUCAUCUUUCGUCCUGAAUCUUUCUCUUGAUUUUUUUUGUUUCGGAUGGAGGGAAUAGAUGAGGAGGAGUUCUUGAGCCUCAGACUUGCUGUGGACACAUAUAGCAGUCAUGAGAGGAAGAGGAAAAGGAAGAGAAGGGAAGCUCCAAAUCACUCGGAUUCGACUUGUGAUGAAGGUAAAAUAUUUGCCCUCCUUCAAAUGAGGGAACAAAUGCUAAAGCUGGAUCACAAGAGAAAAGAUGGAACUCAUGCAGAUGGAAGAGGACUUCAUUUGAUUCAUUUGCUGCUCAUAUCUGCCACUUCAGUGAAUGAGAACAACAUCUGCAGAGCUGUCGAAAACCUUUGUGAAUUAUACCAAAAUGUGUGUUUGACAGGAGACUCAGUCCAAAGAGUUGCUGCCUAUUUUGCUGAUGGACUUGUGGCCAAGCUCCUCACUCGGAAAUCACCGUUCUAUGACAUGAUAAUGAAAAUCCCUACUCCUGAUGAAGAGUUCUUGGCAUUCACACAACUCUAUAAGGUGUCACCAUUCUAUCAGUUUGCUCAUUUCACAGCAAAUCAGGCUAUUCUUGAAGCCUUUGAGAAAGAGCGGAAUACUAACAAUAGGGCUUUGCAUGUAAUCGAUUUUGACAUCUGUUAUGGCUUCCAGUGGCCCUCUCUCAUGCAAUCCCUAUCAGAAAAUGCAACUACUACGAAUCGGAUCUUGCUCAAGAUUACAGGGUUUGGCAGAAGCAUGGAGGAACUUCAAGAAACUGAAUCAAGACUAGUGAGCUUUGCUAAAGGCUUCCGCAAUCUAGUUUUCGAGUUUCAUGGCUUGGUGAGAGGCUCCAAGCUUGUGAAACCAAAGCAAAAGAAGAAUGAAACAGUUGCUGUCAACUUAGUAUUCCAUCUGAAUUCAUUGAACAGUUCUUCAAAGAUCUCAGAGACAUUGAAGUACGUCUAUUCGCUGUGUCCUUCUGUUGUAGUUCUGGUGGAACAAGAAGGGAGCAGGGACACUCACAAGUUUUUGCCAAGAUUCAUGGAGUCAUUACAUUAUUUUGCAGCUAUAUUUGAUUCAUUGGAUGACUGCCUGCCACUUGAUAGUGCUGAGAGGUUGAGUAUUGAGAAGAACCAUCUGGGGAAAGUGAUUAAGUGUGUGAUAAAUCAUGAUGCGGACAAUGACUGCUGUCCAAGAUUUGAGAAGAUGGAAACAUGGAAAAGUAGAAUGGAGAGUUAUGGUUUUUUGGGGAUUAAACAAAGCUCAAAGUCUGUAAUGCAGGCAAAACUGCUGCUGAAGAUCAGAACCCAUUCUUCUCCAGUAAAAUUUGACGGAGAAAACGAUGCAGGUUUCCGAGUUUCUGAAAGAGAUGAGGGCCAAGCUAUUUCUCUAGGAUGGCAAGAGAGGUUUCUCAUAACAGCCUCUUCUUGGUGCUGUAAUGUAUGAUAUAAACCUUUUUAUCAUAUUCUUUUGUUCUUUCUGCUGAUAAAUCUGACUUCAUCUAGCGGCAAGUAGACUUGCUUAUAUUGAGAUAGUACAUUUAUGAUAUUCUUGUACUAAACAAGACAUGCCAUGAUUUUGUGGUUGUUCUACACUUAUCCAGAAAUUCAAAUUCCCUAUCAAUUAUUUCCCGAGACUCCAACAUAGGAAAAAUGAAACCAAAAGGUAACAAAAACUAAAUCAUGACAUCUCUUGAAGCUUAUUACCAACAGAAAGCAAAAGUUUUACCUAUGGGGAUGGUUCAAGAGCCGCAUUAAAAUUUACAUAUUACAGACAAAUGUACAUAUUACAGCCGCAUUAUGGUCGAUCAUUUUGGUGGUUUUCCUGGCAAGGCUCUUUUCAACUU